AUGUUUUUCACAGAUCCUGUGCUUCCACACUAUCACCAGACUCAGCUCCCCCAAAUGAUCCCUAAUCAUUCUACUUUUCAAUCAGUUCAACAAGUUCUCACGAAUGGCUUCUUCACCGGCAAUGACACUACAUUGAAUCUUGACCGUGACAUGGCUUUGCCGGAGCAGGGUGUUAUCAGCUCCACUGGUGCAGUGUUUCCCGGCGAGGAUGACAACGCUGUGAAACCAGGUGGCGGUGAUGACAGAGUAAAUGGUAAUAACGACGCAGGAUCUGUUGCGCGUGAGGGGAACGUGCCGCCAAGACGGAGGAAUUACCGAGGCGUGAGGUGGCGGCCUUGGGGGAAGUUUGCGGCUGAGAUCCGGAACCCAAAGAGAAACGGUGCGAGGACAUGGUUGGGAACUUAUAAGAAGAAAGAGGAUGCGGCUCUGGCUUAUGAUAGAGCUGCUUUCAAGAUGUGGGGCAGAAAAGCCAAGGUCAAUUUUCCACACCUCAUAGGAUAG